UGGUGCGCAUAGAGAGGGACGUGUCCGCAGCAUCAGAGCUGUAUCGCUUUAACGGGACGGCCGAGGUGUGACGUUGGGACGGGGACUCUGAUCUCAGAAAGCGGGCUGCUGCAGCUGGACCGGAGGGAACCAGAACCACUGCAGGCUACAGACCAGUCCUCUCUGUUAAUCUGAGGGACGGCUCGUCUGUUUCUCGCCACCAUGAGGGAUUACACGGCCACUCCAAGCAGCGGAGGAGGCUGCAUGCCUUGUUGCCAAGUUUGCGUCUUCUUCUUUACCGCAUUCCUGCUCGUUGCAGAGAGGACGGCUGUGAUCUACUGCUUUGUGUAUUACAUUUGGAUUGGCCACAACUACUGCUAUGCUUACCUCGCUGGCUUCACUGCACUCUUCCUGCUCCCAGGUUGGGGUCCACAGUGGCUCAGUUAUCUGUGGUAUCGCUCAGAUGGAAAAAUCCCCAGGAAAUCUCUAAGAUGGACGCACAUCUUACACCUGGGAAUCUUCAAAAGGCUGUGGGAGUGCAUGCGUCUACCAGAAGAGGAUUUGUAUGGAGAAAUCAUGCAGCAGGCAGAUGUAUCUGCAUUACGGCUGUUCGAGGCCCUGGUGGUCACCCUCCCUGAGACGCUGCUCCAGACCUAUGUGCUCAUCUGCACUGAUAUAGGGGUCAGGUCUCCUGCCUCGGUGUGCUUUGCUGUAUGCUUGCUGUCUCUGGCCUGGGCGCUGGUUCUCUACGCCAGAGCAUGCUCACUCAUCAGGCCGGGACACUUGCAGAUGACUCCAGCAGCAAUGCUUUGUCGACUCCUGUGGCGGGUUGGCAUGUUGGGGUCUAGGUUCGCAGUGCUUAUGCUCUUCACACGUAUCUUCAAGCAGUGGGUCCUGGGAGUCAUUGGUGUGCACUGGCUGGGUGCUACUUUCUGGAUGGUGUCUCAGCAAACCGACAUCAUUCGUUCAACUGGUCGAUGGAGACUUUUCAACCUCGUUCUGGGAGCUGUUUAUGUCUUUCUCUUCCUGAACGUGAAAUAUGGUCCAUCCAGAUACCGCAUGGCUGCAUUUUACCUGGUGAUGUUUUUAGAGGACGCUCUCCUCCUUCUGGCCUCCUCCUGGCUGUUUGCUAUGGUGUCCUGGGACACUGUGGCGAUCCCAGCUGCCGUAUUCUGCAGCUUCCUCAUCGGGCUUAUAGCACUGGUGCUGUACUACCGUUUCCUUCACCCCAAGUCUUUUGAGAUCUUCCAGAGUAUUCGCCACAGGGGGAUUGGCGGAGCCUGCAUGGAGCGUGGAUCUGCGCUCUCACUGGAGGAGAAAGUCGAGCCCAAUUUCCAUCAUCAUACAACAUUGUCUGGAGGUGGGACCCUCAUGGACCUCCCCAUCCAAUGGGAAGGCUGGAAGCAUCACCACUGGCUGCUGAUUCGAUUGGCCCUUAAGACGGGGGACAUUCCUAGGAUCUGGUCAGCGUAUGGGGAAGGGGGGCUGGCCGGACUCAUGGGUCUCUCAGAGGAGAUUCGUUCUCCUGUUUUACAUCACGUACCCCAGGUUCCACCUCCUCGGCAGCGAGUUCCUCAGAUCUCUCACCCAACUCCUCAGCCUGCCCCUCCAGCACCUCCACCACAGGUCACCCAGACUCCACAGGUGAGACAAGUCGUCCAGCCACCUAAACCGGCUCAUAGCAGCAUUGUUGCCCGACCAGUAAGAAAAGCUCCUCCUGCAACCGUCCAGGACAUGAGAAUGCUUCCACAGAUCAUCCCAUUUCAGGAGGUGAUUCCCGAGGAAUCAGCAGAGGAGGAUUUAAGUGCCGCUCCAUCAGAAGAUAGAGGUGAAGGUGAUGAGGACUUCCAGAGCGCUGCUUACGGCUCACCGUCGCUUUCAUCUCCUCAACACGCUGGAAGCCUCCGUCACAUCGACAGCAACGCUGCGUCUCUGACGGAAGCGUCAUCUUCUGUGGGAUCUCUGGACAUUAAGACACCUGGCUGGUCACCUGAGCGCCGCUCUCCCUUGUUGUUGGCUUCUCCUGAGAAGAAAGCAGGGACCCCCGGUGAAUCCAACACUACUCUAUAUUUCAGUGCGGAUGCGCCUUCGCCGUCCAGUGGGAGCUACUUGGGCUGGGGCUCAGAGCUCUCGCCCAUCUCCUCCUACAGAAGACCCUACCGGAUCAGAGAAGCCCGCUUUGUCACAUCCACCCCACGUCCGGAGGCUCAAGGUGAAGCUGACAGCUCUGGUCCUGCUCCAGUGGUUAUAAUUCCUGCCACUCCUGGCACAACACCCGGUACUACACCAGGUGGGAGCCCCGGGACCACCACUCCUGCAGCGUCCACUCCUCUCGCUUCUACACCUGCAGCAUCCACUCCUGGUGCUGCUACACCUGGUACUCCACUCACUCCAGUCAUCUCCCACGCUCGUAAACAGUUAGUGCAGUAUGUGGACUACAGAGAGAAUUUAGUCUAAAGUAAAGUAAAGGGAAAUCUAAACUUUCCAACUUAACCGUUGAGUAUAUAAAAGCAGUUGUGUAUUUACUAACUUGUUGGAGAUCUUUUUAGGUCAUCGUGGAGCACAUCUUUAAAUCAUUUAUCCUGUUUAGUAUUUUGUUCAGACAAAUAAUAUAAAUGAAAGUAGGAAUGUGAAGCGACAGAUAUUCAAACAUCUGGAUGUUUGAAUAUCUGUCAAAUCUGUGCAGAUUUGUUAGAGUCAACUGAUUUGGGAUGUCAUCACACUUACAUUUUGCUGCUGGUCGGAAUAUACAAAGAUGAGGGUUGAAACGUGAGGAGGCCUAAUAAAGAUGCAUCUCAUU